AUGACAAGGGUAACUAAUGGUCUCUCUAUCGCCGCGGCCGCCACACUUGAGUCCUUGGCUGAGGAAGUAGGCGCCAUAAUCCGCAAGAGGCGUAAACUUCAUGCCGAAUCCGACGCUAUCACCCAAAGGUCGACGGUGCAAGUUGAGGCUAUAAUCAACCAUUCGAUCAAGAACUACCACUCUCCCCUUCCACCAAGCCUCUUCUACGGAAUCUCUUCCUCGGUCAUCACCGCCGUCAGCAAUACGAAGAAUGGCUGCUAUGUACCGUUCAAGGAUAUCAUGGAGAAGCCGGAGUUGCCUAGUGAGGGUCUGCCCGACUUCAAGCAGGAAAGACAGUCUUAUGGUGGUCUCUCUACGAGCCCGGUGAUGAAAGGUAAGUACCCGAAUUCUAGUGCGGAAUGGUCCUCAUGCUUGCUACGGUUCGCUCUACUCGUUGCUGGCACAGUAGACCCGAAGGUUCUCUCUCCGGUCGACAUCCUAGCCUACGGCGCAUGUAUCCUAACCCUGGCGAGGUCUAUGCCUUUGGUGACCACUCUCGUCUACGACGACCGCUAUCGUCGCGGGGUGGCAGCUGUCAUGGCUGCCAAUGCCCAACUCUCAUUGCGCCAGUGCUUUCUGACCGACACCAAUCCGGCACUACUCGCCGAAGUCGUCAGUUCUUCACUGCGUUCCGCCAACCACAUGAGAGCUCCUGCCGCGAAUGGCAGUAGAGGUCGCGACUCGCAGCGGCCCGAGCCCUGUAGAAACUUCGCAAGAGGUACAUGUACGUGGGGUGAUAGGUGCAGGUACGCACACGAUCUAUCGGUUAAGCCCAACUCGAGCUCAACGGAGCAUCCCCAGGCCGACUCGGCACGUAGCCGAAAGCGCCCCACCAAGCAGGCAGACAAGCCAAACUCCUAUUCUGGGGGUAAGCCUGACCAAUAA